AUGACAAGCCGUAAACAAUAUCUUGCUCCAAAUGAAGAUCUUCACGCACUCAGACCAUUGAAUGAAGAAGAGAGCCUGGAUUUAUUGCAGAGACAGUUACUUGGAGGAAAUGGUUGGCCCACUGGAUUAUGUGAUCUUGGUAUACAAAUUGCUCGAAUAUGCAAGGGACUACCUCUAACCAUUCUGAUUAUAGCUGGCGUUGUAGCCCGUACAAAGCCAGCGGGUUGGAAGGAGAUUUUGGGUGCUUUAAGAUCACACAAUCUUUCGAGCAUCGAACACUGCUGGGAAAUUUUGGAGUUAAGCUACAACCAUUUGCCGGAGCAUUUAAGACCCUGCUUUGUCUAUUUUGUGGCCUUCCAAGAAGAUGAAGAGAAAGCUCAAGAUGAAGGAUUUGCCUCUAUCAUGGGAAGGGAUGUUAUGCCCCUGGAAUUUCACGUGACACAAGGCCUAUGGAGGUUAUGCAUUUGCUCUAACACAAAACAUCUGAUAAGGUCCAGCAAACCUUUUCCACAUUUGCGUUCUCUGCGCUUUAGCUAUUAUGAGUGCCGAGUGCCGCAAUAUUUAACCCUUAUGAUUCAAGUCUGUAGACUUUUAAGGGUGUUGGACUUGGGGAAAAUCAAUAUCGGUCAUGCGAUUCCAAGUGAAAUAGGAUCGCUUAUGCAAUUGGCAUUUUUGGCAAUUCGAGGUUAUAUGAGGGACAUCCCAUCAUCGAUAGGUAACCUCUCCAAUCUGCAGACUUUUAUUUUAAUUCAAAUGAGUGGAGACAUUGUUCUUUCACUGCCAAAUAGUUUCUGGAAUCUACGGAAAUUAAAGCAUCUUUCCAUGAAGAGUCCAGGUGGUAUUUUGCCCAUGGAAAAUCUUACCAGCUCAUCUGAUAUAUGUGAGUUGGAUUGGAUUUCUGGUGUAAUUAUUCCUUACCAAGGUAGCAUGGAAGAGUUAGUGAAAAGAUUUCCUAAUAUUCGUAAGUUGAAAUGCGCCCUCGUUGAUUGUCAUGACACAGUAGAAAAUCAUGUCAAGGUUUUAGUUCCUAAAUUUCUAAGCCAACUAGAAUCACUUGGAUUUCAUUUGUCAAGUCGAAGUCUUUCAACCAUAUCCGAACUGCAAAACCUUGAAGUGCUCAAAUUUGAUGGCGUAAGUUUUGAAGGCGAUUCAUGGGAGAUGGAAGAAGGAGAAUUCUCCAAACUUAAACACUUGGAAGUUGUCAGCCUCGAGGCUUCUCUCUUGGAGGCUACUGAGGAUCAAUUCGUGUGUCUUGAGAAGUUGGUCUUUUCUUCUUGUUCUAAUUUGAAAGAGAUGCCUUCUUGUCUAGACACUGUUGCGACUCUUGAAGUGAUCCAAGUCUUUACUAUCCUAACACUAUGCUGA